GGAGGCCAUUCGCGGGAACUGGGAGGACGGGACUGUCCUGAUACGCCGAGGUCCCAACACGGGUUUUCACCACGCCGGGUUAAAUAAAGCCAAGCGAUGCCGGCGACAGCCUAUUGGUUCGAUGGCAUUCCAAGAGGCUUCCAAGAAACCCCAAGAUUCUUGUCACCAUAUGGCUGGCGCUGGCUGGCGUCUUGCCUCGUCUUGGAUGGUGGCUAUGCACCGGCCAAACAACAUUGUUCCCCGAACCGGUUUUAGCCACCCUUCGUGUUUCUCUUUGAGUACACAAGAAUGAGCUGAACUCACUCCAAGUCUUCUUCUUUAAAACAUUCAUCGCUGGCUUUUUGUUGGUUCUUCAUCAGUCUGUCGCUAAACUCCCUCUUCCGCAACUCUUUUUUUGGCCCUUUUUCAAACCUACUGCCAUAUCGCUCGUUUGUAUGGUAUUUUAGUCCUGUUUUUUUUUUUUUUUUUUACUCUAUAAGAAGUACAUUCCCGCACACAUCCCCCGUGUGACACUUUGCCACCUGAAUACAUAACGAUUUAUUUAUCUGCAUAACCGUCAUCACCAAAAUGCGUUCUACCAUCAUUAUCACUGCCCUUGCGGCAUCCGGUACCGUUAAUGCCGGUGUUGCCGGCACCAAGAACACCAAGCGUGCUUCCAUCACCCCCAUCACCGCCAAGGGUAACGCCUUCUUCAAGGGUGAUGAGAGAUUCUACGUUCGCGGUAUCGCUUACCAGCCUGGCGGUUCUUCUGCCAACCUCGAUCCCCUUGCCGACCCCAAGAUCUGCCUUGAGGAUAUCAAGAAGUUCGAGGAUCUUGGCAUUAACGUUGUCCGUGUUUACUCUACCGACAACUCCAAGUCGCACAAGGAGUGCAUGAACGCCCUCGCGGACGCCGGUAUCUACGUUGCCCUUGACGUCAACAACCCGCUGUACUCCAUCAACCGCGCGACCCCUCACCCCUCUUACAACGCCGUCUACUUGCAGAGCGUCUUUGCCACCAUCGACGAGUUCGCCCAGUACGACAACACCUUUGCCUUCUUCUCCGGAAACGAGGUCAUCCACGAUGAGGCCGAGAGUACGCUCGCCGCGCCCUACGUCAAGGCCACCGACCGCGACAUGAGGGCCUACAUCAAGGCACGCAAGUACCGCGCCAUCCCCGUCGGUUACUCGGCCGCCGACGUGUCCAAGAACCGCAUGCAGACGGCCAAGUACUUCAACUGCGGCAGCGACGAGGAGCGGUCCGACUUCUUCGCCUUCAACGAUUACUCGUGGUGCAAGAGCGACUUCAAGACCUCUGGCUGGGACGUCAAGGUCAAGAACUUCACCGACUACGGCCUGCCCAUCUUUUUGUCCGAGUACGGCUGCACCACCAACGGCCGCGACUUUGGCGAGGUUUCGGCCCUCAUGGACCCCAAGCUCAUGACCAAGGUCUACAGCGGUGGUCUCAUGUACGAGUACACCAUGGAGGAGAACGGAUACGGAAUCGUCAACAUUACCAAGGGCAAGGACAUCACCGACCAGACCGGCGCGCGCAUCGAGCUUCCCGAGUUCGCGGCCUACAAGAAGGCCCUUGCCAAGUACCCCGCCCCCACUGGUGACGGUGGCUACUCCCAGACGACCAAGGCCCAGGACUGCCCUCCCAAGGAUGACGAUUGGCUCGUUGACUCGGAUGAGCUUCCUGAGAUGCCCGCUGCUGCUAAGAAGUACUUCGAGAACGGCGCCGGCAAGGGUCCCGGUCUCAACGGCGCCGGCUCCCAGUGGGCCGGUGAUGCCGCCUCCCCCACCACCGGUUCCGGCAGCGGCUCUGGCUCCGGCUCCGGCUCCGGCUCCGGCUCUAGCUCUUCCGCCAGCGCUUCUGCCACCCACAACGCUGCUGGCUUUUCCGUCGCUGGACCCGUGAACAAGGGCCCCUUCGUCGUCACCGGCCUUGCUCUCCUCUUCACCCUUGUCGGUGCUGUUGCUUUGUAAUUAUCGCAUGUAGCGACUAGCGACGGAGUGUUGAGAUGUGUCGGCUGAAUAAGCUUUUUGUACAUAACCCUAUACCAUAUGAGAACAUAUAGACAAGGAAUUCGGGAGGAUUGCGGUGAUUUCGGGCCUGUUGAAUUGCAUUCUGAUUGAAAAUAAUACCUAAAUUAGUCGAUUCACGUUUCGCGAUGCAUUCACAGUCUGUCGUUGUGGUUGUUAACUGUUUUCG